AUGCGCCUAUUGAACACCCGAACUGGCGAGUUUGUGUGGGUCGAUGACCCGCGAACAGUCCAAUUUGCUAUUCUAUCUCACGUCUGGCAAACAUACCAGGACCUUGUUCAGUUGCACCUCGUGAAGGGGAAGCAUGGCGAAUCCGUUCUUCCAUUCCUCUCUGACAAGGUGCGACGCUUCCUCGAGAUCGCCCAAAACGACGGCUUCGAACUCGGCUGGGUUGACUCGUGUUGCAUUGACAAGACUAGCUCGUCCGAGCUCUCUGAGUCCAUCAAUUCUAUGUUCAAUUGGUACGGCUACGCUGCCGUUUGCUAUGCAUUCCUGCACGACGUUACGGCCCCUGGUUCAUCGGAUGCCGUCGUCUGGGAGAGCGAAUUCCGGGACAGCGAGUAUUUCCACCGCGGCUGGACACUACAGGAGCUCAUCGCAUCUAGUAUUGUUAUCUUCCUUUCCAAUGACUGGAAGACCAUUGGCUCGAAGCACACUCUCGCGCCCCUCAUAGAGGAGAUCACCAAAAUCGACAGCGCCGUCCUCACUUUCGACAAGCCGCUCGAAGCUGUUCCCGUCGCGCGUCGCAUGGCGUGGGCAGCAACGAGGGUCACCACUCGGGUCGAGGAUGAGGCGUACUCGAUGAUGGGCAUCUUCGGUGUCAACAUGCAGACCAAUUACGGCGAGGGACGAUAUGCCUUCAAACGCCUCCAGGAGGAGAUUCUCAAGCGAACCCCGGAUCAGACAAUCUUUGCUUGG